AUGGUAUUCCCUACAGUUUCAUAUUCUACAAAGAUUAAUUCCAAAUUCUCAUCUCGGGUUUCAUCCAAUAAAAAGGCCCGAUUAAAUCAUCCCAAAGUUGGUCCUCGUCAUGCUCCUAAUAUCUAUGAUCGUAUUGCAGCUUAUGAUCGAGCCUUUCAAAAGUGUAUUCAAAUGGAUUCCAAAUUAUCAUCGUGGAAAAGAAGAAUGGAUGAGAAAGGCUUACCUCAACCUUUAAUACAAGGUUACCAACGUUCUUCUUCAUCAUGGCAACAUUCUUUAUCGUCACUAUCAAGUGAAUCAUCAUCUACUUAUUCUCAUGAUUUUUAUUCUGCGAAAACAAGAAAAUCAAACGACGUCCAACCAACUCGCUCCAUUACUGUUUCGUCCUCAUCUUCAUCCUCCUCAUCAUCAAUGCCAUCUCCAGUACCUAAACCUUCUGUUAGUCGACGAAUCAUCAACCGUCUUUCAUUGUCUAGAACUAAUAAUAUUUCACGGAAUUCAAAUCAUACUGGAGUUGUACCCAUAUCUACUCAAAGUUCAUACCGUCGUCCCAGUAUAACCAGCAAUAAGGAUUGUCAACAAUAUCAAUCUCCACAUUACCAUUAUCCAUCAGUGAUGUCAUCUAACAUUAUUUCCCCAUCGCCAUCACCCUCUUUACCAAGAACUACCCGAUUAUAUCCACAUAUGUCGAUGGAUCAACAAGAUCAGGAACGGAUGAAAACUAUGUAUCAUCAUAUCCCCACUAGUAUGGCUACUUCAAGGAAGCCUUCCGUUGUUAUAAAUCCUCCUUGUGGUAUUGAAGAAUAUUUAUUACAAAAAAGAUAUUCUACCGUUCAUCAACAACAACAGCAACAACGACAACAUCAUCAUCAUCACCAUCAUCAUCAUCAUUUCCAUCGACACAAAUUAGUAUCCAAAUAA